UGCCCCCAGCGAGUUUUGGCUUGUAUUUUUUUUAUUGAUUUGUCUUAUUGUAGUAUCGAGUAUAUGCCAAAUUUCAGCUCCCAAAACUUUAGGUACAGUUUAGUAAUUAAAAAAAAAACGAAAUUUGAUCGUUCUUCGGUAUUUUUUUUUCUGGACAGCCGAUUUUGACGUGCGCCACGUAUAUUGUGCAUUUAGUAAGGACAAUUAUAUGAUAUUAUUUUUGUGUUAUAUUGCCAAACAAAAAAAGUAUCAUCACGCAAGCGGACACCUCCAGGUUUUCCACCAAAAUUAAUAGGCUACCAAAUGAAUAUAAAUACCAUUUUAUCUGUAGUAGAACAAGGUUUUUUUUAAAUCGAAUACAUCACAGUGGGCGUUCGUGAACUUUGCUCAGAUGCAGGACAACCCGCUAGGCGGGACGUCGCUACCCAAGAUAACGAUUAUAGAUAACUAUGGGUUUCUGGAGCAAGGCAUGGUGAACGUGCAUCCAAGCCUACUACCUCGGUGGCGCGGCGCAGCGCCCAUCAUACACACUUUACUACACGGAGACCAGGUCACUGGAGUCAGCCUCAUGAGGAUCAAACCUGACGUGUUUGAUGUCGGUGAAAUCAUCAGCCAGAGAACUGUACCUGUGCCCAAAGACAUUUUGCUGCCGGAACUGACUGAUCAGCUGUCAGACAUCGGUGCUGACAUGCUGGUGGAGUGUAUGAGGAGCUUACCGGAGAGCUUGGCCAAUGCUAGGCCGCAGAGUGAGGAAGGUGUUACUUAUGCUAAGAAGAUCAACAAAAGCAUCAGUGACGUCCGAUGGUCAGACAUGACUGCUACAGAAGUGUACAACUUAUACCGAGCCAUAUAUGGAUUAUAUCCGCUCACCACAACUUUUAGAAACAAACAGCUAAAACUAUUUGAUGCAUUCUUAGACGAAACUGUAAAUAACUCUGUCACCAAACCAGUGGGUUCCGUCGAAUAUUGCGAAAAGAAAAAUGCAAUAAAAAUACUCUGUAAAGAUAAAACAUACAUAUAUUUUAGAUCACUUAGAAUAGUAGGGAAAAAAGAAAUUACAGGGCUAGACUUUUAUAAUGGAUACAUUAAAAAUAUGCCUAUAGAGAAAAGAAAAUGUAUGGUGGUUCAAUAGAAUAAAUACUUGUAGAAAAUAUA